UCUUAGACAAUUCUUUAUCUUGCAGCAAAUGCCCGUGAUCCUUGCGGGCAAUGCAGAUCAGAAGAAAAAGUACCUGGGACGUUUGACAGAAGAACCUCUCAUAUGUGCAUAUGGUGUAACAGAGCCUGGUGCUGGGUCAGAUGUAUCUGGCAUUCGAACUCGAGCUGAGAGAAAAGGUGAUGAAUAUGUCAUCAAUGGCCAGAAGAUGUGGAUCACUAAUGGCGGAGUUGCCAGUUGGUACUUCCUUCUAGCUCGCACAAACUCAGACCCAAAUUGUCCAUCUUCUAAAGCUUUUACUGGUUUCAUUGUUGAUGGCGACUCCCCCGGUUUGACUAAAGGACGCAAAGAAAUAAACAUGGGUCAGCGUUGUGCUAACACCAGUGGCUUUACGCUUGAAGAUGUGGUUGUUCCCAAGGAAAACGUUCUCUUGGGUGAGGGUGAGGGGUUCAAGAUUGCAAUGGGAGCUUUUGACCACACUCGACCUCCUGUGGCUGCUGGAGCUGUGGGGCUGUCUCAGCGAGCUCUGGAUGAAGCUACCAAAUAUUCACUGGAAAGGAAGACCUUUGGAACUCAAAUUGCCAAUCAUCAGGCUAUUUCAUUCAUGCUGGCAGAGAUGGCGAUGGAAACUGAGCUGGGCCGCUUGGCUUGGAUGAGAGCAGCCUGGGAGGUUGAUCAAGGUCGCCGCAACACCUACUUUGCAUCCAUUGCCAAGGGUUUUGCUGGAGAUGCUGCUAACAGAGCUGCUGCUAAUGCUGUUCAGAUAUUUGGUGGCAAUGGAUUCAACACUGAGUAUCCAGUUGAGAAGUUAAUGCGAGAUGCCAAGAUCUACCAGAUAUAUGAAGGCACAGCACAAAUUCAGCGUCUCAUUAUUGCUCGUGAGCAUCUCUCACGAGCUAAGAUGGGACUGUUGUAAAUAGUGGAACUUGAGGUGCAGGAUUUCAGCUACACAAUGCUGUGUAACCAGUCAGAGACAUAUUACAUUGCUGAUCCACUCUAAAAUAGCCUCUUGGUGAAUUAUUGAAACUGUAUGGUACAAAUUAUAGGGAAGCUAUAUGACCCUUGUGGGUUUAGCACUUAAGUUUUGAGUGUAACAAUUAUAAGGAAACACUAAACCUGUAGGGGUCAUACAGCACUUGUACCAUACAAGAAUGAGUUUAAAACUUGGCAAAUUAUAGCUCUUAAAUUGACAGCAGCUUUGAGUUCAGUGUACACCUUUUCAUUUUUUAUAUUGCCCCUUAUCAAAUAUGGAGGUAUACUCCACCCCCCCUUCCCCUAACUUGGAGCAAUUAUUUUUUCUUUGUGGCCUGAAUAUGGUUAGGCAAAAUUGAGUUUUGUGACUUUGUUCAAACAUGUUUACCUAGUUUAGUGGUACCUAUUUAAGCUCUAAACCUGUACUGGUUAUACAUUGUUUAAAGGUGAAGAAGAGAAUAAUUAUGAUUGUAAAGUAUCACCAACAUUGUACAUUUGCCAAGUCAUCAGUUAUGGCAUUGGUUUUUAAUCAACACCAAGUGUACACUUCAGUGCUGAAUGGGGGAGGUGGAUUUUCACUUUCCUGAGAGAUAGAACACAAAGGAUAGUAAACAGAGCAAAACCCAGCAUUAAGUGGGUAUAAAGGGCUCAUACAGAUAAAAAUGCUUGUCAUGAUUUUGUAUCAUUUGCAGAUUACACCAAAAUAGCAAGGAAGUCACCUCUGUAGAAGUCCCUAAAAACAAUUGCAGGAAGAUAUAUGCAGGGUUUUCCAGUGGGCAGUGGAAAACAUGACAUUCAAUUGUAAUAUGUUCCAGCUGCUUGGGUAAUAGAAAAGAAAAGGGAAGAGCUCAAGAGGGAUACAUGUAAACCCAUGAGGAUCAUCAAGUAGAAUGAAAGGAAUAUGUGAAGACCUGGGAGUAAUUAUGUCAGCUGGCUUUUCAGAAAUACAAGGUAAAUGCCAUGACAGCCAGGAAAAUGAUAGGGGUAGAUAAUGAGAACUUUCAAAAAUAAAAUUGUGCACAUUUGACACUUAAAUUUACUUGUGCUCUUGUUCAAUGACAAUGUCUCCGUUCAGAGCUUGAACACAUACAAAGACUACUCAUGUACAGCUUGAAAGAAGCCAAUAAAUGUCUUUGCUGGAGCAGAGGAGAUGCGUGGUAAUAUGUACAUGGAAGUACUUGAAUGCUUGAUUCCAAAUCUGCACACUGCCAUAAAAUAAUGGUGAUAAAUGGGAGGAAGUGUAAAAUAAGCCCAUUGAUGGGUAGGCAUGCCUUGGGCACAAUAACAUUAUAUCAACAUCCUUGGUCCCAGACUGUUCAACAUCUUACAAGAAGAUAGAAGCACUGCUGGGACAGCUGUUGAAAUCUUUGAGAGAGAAAAAAUAACCAAGCUAUAAUGUAUAUAUGGGCCAGCAGCAACAGCCUGGUUGACCAGACAAGCCUGGUCUAGGGCUGGGCUCUGGCAGCAGAAAAACUCAAAACCCAAAUGUAUAUUGGAUGUAUUUCAUGCAGUGCCAAUGAUGAAUAUAAUGCUACUGCAUAAUGCAACUAGUAUGGUCUUAGUUAUUCACUCUCCCAGUUUUUCCUAGAAUUAUUGCAAAUAUAAAUUGAGAAGACAACAAAUUUGAGUGACACGUUUUAAAAAAAAAAAAAAAAAAAAGUGCAAUAAGUGGCUCCAGCCCUUGGUAUGUUACAACCUCUACCAUCUCAACAAGAUGGAAAUUUAUUUUGUAUUGUGCACAAAAGAGAUGAGUAUAUUUUUAUAUAUUAAAAUUGCUGUCUUAUGAGGAGUUAUAUACAAAAUACAUUUAUGAGAAGCAGUAUACUGUAGUUUAAACAUUGGUGUAUAAAAAUGGUUUGUAAUAGACAUUGGCAGCCUCACUGGUAUAUGCUGCUAAGAACAGGUAUCAGAAUCUGAAAAUUAGAAGGGCAAUGUUACUUAAGUAAAGAUUAAUAAAAUUUUAUAUCAGU